AUGACGCCCGCCCGCGCGGUCCCGGGCACCGCGGGCCCGCCUUCCCCUCCGUCCCGAACGCGACCCCCACCACCACCACCGCCACACGUCGCCACGCGCCCCGCAGCGGUGGCGGCGGAGGGGGGCGGGGAGGGAAGCGGACGGAGACGAGGAGUAGACAAGGGCGACGCGGUGGAGCCGGAGACCGGGCGAGCCAGGAGGGCACGGAGCCGGAGGGACACCGGGCUCGAACCGACCGCACCCCCCCCGCCGAGCGGCAACGUGGGGGGGAGACGACGGGCACGGCACGCGCGGCGCGGCGCGGCACGGGCGGCGACGACUGAGACGCCACCCGACCCCUCAGCGCAGCCGGCCGGCCGGCCGGCGACCGACCACAGCCGCCUCGACCCCCACACCGUCCGCCUCCCGCCGAGGGGAGGCGGGGCCUCGGGACCCAACCCACUGACGGGGGAGCGCGGCGAGACCGCGCGCGGCCCCGGGGCGCAGCGCGCGACGGCGAACGACGCCGAGGCGUCCCGCGGGCCGCCGCCGGGGCAACGCGGACCCCGGGGGGCGCGGCCUCACACGCGCCACGGGCCUCGACGCGAGGCCGACCCCGGCGGGGGGGGCACACAUUUCUCCGGGACCCGCGUGCGGCGCGAGGGACCCCUCCUCCACCGGGAGGGACCGCGGCCAGGGGGCGGCGGGGGGGGGGCCGCGGGCUCACCGCGAGCCGCGACCCCGGACCCCGGACCCCGGACCCCGGACCCCGGACCGCCGCCCUCCCCGACACCGACACCUCGGGCACGCCACUCUCGCUCGCCCCUCUCUCUUCCGAACACCGCUCCCUCUCUGCGCGAGGGCGGCGGCCGACGGCGGCACCGCACCACGCGACGCGCGGCUCCCCCCUCCCGGCCCCCCCCCCCAACGCGCACGCCGACGGGCGACGGGGGCUGGGGAGGGGCGCUGAGCUCGGGGGGGGGGUGGGGCCGGCGAGGCGAGGCAGGCGCGCACCGACCGGGUCUGCACUUAGGGGGACGGAGGGCACGCCAAAGCGGGCCCUACGAGGAAGCCCCCAGCCGCGCGACCCCGGGGGACAACCCGCGGACGUGCGAGGGGGAGAGGAACGUUCCGCCUCCCCACAAGCACCCCCGACGCUGGCGCGACACUUCCACGCCCGCACGGGGCAGACGGGGUCGCCUCGGGCCGGCCAGCAAGAAAGAAACAGAACGACACCAGAAACUCCGAGGCGGAGCGGACGAGCGCACGGGGACGGAAGGACCGACCCCACAGGCGCCCGGGGGGGGGAUCCCCACCACCUUCCCCCUCAACGGAAAGGGAGGGCCCGCGCCCAACGCCAACACGGCCCCGACGACCGGCCGGGUAUACCCCCGAACCCGGCCGGGACGCCCGGAGACGUCAGCGGCGCGCGGCGCCCCGGCCCAAACCGAGGAGAGGCGGGCGGGGAAAGAGUACACACGCGUGGGGGCAGGGGGAGGGGCGGGGAGGCGGGAGGACCGGCGCGGAGAAGAGAGCACAGCGGCAUCGGGGACCAACGCCCCCGACGUGCCGACUUCUCACGUCCAAGUCCUUCCCGCCCAAAUCCCCGACACGGGCCCCCAGGAGCCCCCAGCGCGACCCCGCCGGCCAGACCCCAAGGCCGGCGGGGUGACCACCCCCCCCAAGGGGUCUUUAAACCUCCGCGCCGGGACGCGCUAG